AAUGCUGUGAGUCCGGCCGUAAAUAAGCACUUCCAGUUCAAGGGCGUCAACGAAGCCUUGUCUGUUUGACACCACAGAGCCCAUGAUCUUCUCGAAAUGUCUGCAUCACGAUGCAUAAUUUAUUGGCUCUGCUCACUCAGUAAUAUAAUUCUCCGCAUCUCUGGCCACCUUUCUCUCUCUCUGUCUCUCUUACCCGCCCCUAAACCGUUAACCUUUACCUAGUUGGCCAGUUUUCUAUUUCGCUCUUAAGUCACAAGGAUAUCACGCCGCAAUAAAUUCGCGGAUCACAGCCAAAAUAACGUACGGCGGGCAGCACCGAGAAAAUUAAUUUCAAUAUCCGUCAAGACUGGUCCGAGGUGAACGGAUGGGACGGUCAGAAGAAUGUUCGAGAAGUAUUUCUGAAGAGUUCGCUACCUGCUGCUGCAUGCAAUGACCACGCUGCAGGCACCAGGCACUCGGCACGCGGUCACUCACCGGGGCACGUGCAGAUCUGACUUGGAGCAAUUUGGCGAGUUGGAGCCUCACCUUUCCAGCCUUCACGAGGCACGUUCCCUUGCUGAAUUUGAGGGAGGAACAGGUCGCAGAAUGAAACUGCACAUGUGCCUCCUGUCGUAUGAAUUGAUACUCCUGUGGAAUCUACUGUCCAUAAUGGGCACUGAGUCAGCAGAUGGAAAUGCAGCUCAAAUGCUGUUUAAGCGUUUAUUUGAAGAUUAUACCGAUGCUCUCAGGCCUGUGGAAGAUACAGAUCUAGCCUUGAAUGUCACUUUGAAAAUCACUCUUUCUCAAAUUAAAGAUAUGGAUGAAAGGAACCAAAUUUUGACAGCUUACCUUUGGAUCCGACAAAUCUGGUUUGAUGCUUUCCUCAAGUGGGACCGUGACAAAUAUGAUGGGCUUGAUGCUAUCCGAAUCCCCAGUAGCUUUGUGUGGAGACCCGAUAUUGUUCUAUACAACAAAGCUGAUGAUGAGUCUACAGGAUCCAUGGAGACAAACGUGGUAUUAAGAUAUGAUGGGCAGAUUACUUGGGAUUCUCCAGCGAUUACAAAGAGCUCAUGUGUAGUGGAUGUGGCCUACUUCCCAUUCGAUGAUCAGAGGUGCAAUCUUACAUUUGGCUCUUGGACCUACAAUGGAAAUCAGGUCGACAUCAUUAAUGGACUUGACAGUGGAGAUCUAACUGAUUUUGUGGAAAAUGUGGAAUGGGAAGUCCAUGGAAUGCCAGCAACAAAAAAUAUAAUAACAUAUGGGUGUUGUUCAGAUCCUUACCCAGAUAUCACCUACACAUUAAUCCUCAAAAGGAGGUCUUCAUUUUACAUUUUUAACUUAUUGAUCCCAUGUGUAAUGAUCUCAUUCCUAGCACCAUUAGGAUUUUACCUACCAGCUGAUUCCGGAGAGAAGGUGUCUCUUGGUGUGACUGUGCUCCUGGCACUGACUGUGUUUCAGCUGAUGGUCGCAGAAAGCAUGCCUCCAUCUGAAAGUGUUCCAUUAAUCGGUAAGUACUACAUAGCAACAAUGACAAUGAUCACUGCCUCGACUGCACUAACAAUUUUUAUCAUGAAUAUUCAUCACUGUGGGCCAGAAGCUAAACCAGUUCCAACGUGGGCAAAAGUGAUUAUAUUACAGUACAUGUCGAAGAUAUUUUUUGUGUAUGAUAUUGGUGAAACCUGCACAGUGGUGCAAAAGAAAAAUGGAAAGAAUCACUAUACACUGCAGAUGGAUAAUUCCAAAACAAAUGGAAAAUUUGGAAAAGAUUGCGAUUUAACACUAAAUGCUCACCUUUCUAAAAUGUGCCCCAACACAGUGCUGAAGGAUGAAGCUACUCUGUCCAUGAUACCAAUUCAUCGAUGCCCUGUAUGCAACCAGAAAGUACCAAAUGGACAUUUUGAUAGAAGUAUAGGUGGUAGUUGUGUGAGUGAAGAGGAUCUAAACAUGUCCUGUUGUUUCUGUUAUUUACAUUGUAGCAGGGUGGCAAAAAAUAUUGAAUUUAUAGCCAAUUGCUUUAGAGAGCAAAAAGCAACCAAUGCUAAAUCUGCUGAGUGGAAGAAAGUGGCUAAAGUAAUGGAUCGUUUCUUUAUGUGGAUUUUCUUUGUCAUGGUGUUUUUCAUGAGCAUAUUAAUUGUAGGAAAGGCAACAUAACUUUAUUUUCACAUCUUAUAUGAUGUUUAAUUGCUUAUUUAAUUAUAAUUACUGUAGUCUAGCAUCUUUUGUACCUUGGUAGUAGCAAAGUUUAGUAGUGGAUAUUCUUGAAAUAGUUAAUUUGUUUAGUCAAGUUUUAUUUCAGUUUUGUAGACCUAAACGUAGAAUCCAUCAGCUCUGUACAAACAAUUUAAUUCAAUAGCUCUUUUAGUUCUUUAGAAAACCUUGUUUUCGUAAUGCAAGACUAACUUAUUUAGUUCUUAGAAACUUUGUAAGAGGUGCAGAAAACAACAGUUUUCUUUGUGAAUUCUCAAACCUGUGAUUCCAGGAAACAUCUGCUGAAACUGUUGUUUGCUGAACUGAAUUAUUUGCAGGUCUGCUCACUGCUGUGUACUUUGUGUUGUUGCAUAACUACUUCUGUAAAUGCAUUUGGAUUUUUCACUUGGCUCUAUUAAGUGAAGUAGUGGUUGACCAGCCCAAGUAACAUUGAUCCUCCUUACUAUGAUCAGACCUUAUUAUUAUUCCAGAAUCAGCUUUGAAGGCAAGUACAACCAAAGUUCUCUUCACCACCACUCAUUAUCUCCCUCACUACAUCACAUUCAUCCUGCCUCAAAGAGAAACUCAUGAGUUUCUCUAUCCAAAAUUGAGCCCAUUGUUUAGUUGCUUCUACAAUGAUUUUGCGGCCUCUUGAUACUCUUCUAAUCCCUGUGCUUCCAUCCUACACUCUUCAACCAUAAAAAUUCAAAUCUCCUUCAAGAGAUCCCUCACAUGUUGCUUUUGUCUUUCAUGCUAACACUGUCACCCUUUGGAUUUUGUUGAGGACUAACAUUUUUGACAUCCUCUUUUAAAAACCUAAUUGUCAACCAUCUCCUCUGGUCACCCAUCUCCAAAACUGUUCCUCCACUUCAACCCCUCCCCUUUGGCCUUUAAACUGCACUCACCUUGUUCACUGAGAACUGUUGAUGUGAUAUCGGUCACCUUAAUUUCUGUGCCCUCCUCACCAAUUAGAACCUGUCUCCCUCUGAACUGACUGCACUCCAUGCUGUCAUAUCCAAUCCAGAAUUUGUCAUCAGGCCUGUUGACAAGGGCAGUGUUGUUGUUGUGUGGCGGACUGAACUCUACAUUGCUGUCUUUUGGCACAAUGCCACCUUUGAGCCAGGAAGUCUGGGUUCAAAUUCCAUGUGCUGCAGAGGUGUGUGAUAACAUCCCUGGACUGGUUGAUUAACAAACU